UCUAACCACUCCCAAACGAGAACCAAAGGACCAAAAAGCCGCACGAGAGAUCCGCCUCCUCCUGUCGAAUUGGGAACUUUGGCACCGGAAUCGAGAACAUCCACCACUCCUCUGUUUCUUUGAAGCCUUUCCUCCCACCUGAAACUGUAGUAGAAAGGGGAAAGCAAGAGGCAGACUUGUCUGAUAGACAUAGUAAGGGAACAAAGAGUAAGGGAGAAAGAGAUGGGCCUACCGAGCGACGACGUGGUGGUCAUCCGGCAGCCGGAGCGGCCCGGAGAGCCGAGCGUUAUCACCAUCAGUUGCCCGGACAAGACCGGCCUCGGCUGCGACCUUUGCCGCGUGAUUCUACUCUUCGGCUUGAACGUUGUCAGGGGCGACAUGAGCACGGAUGGGAAGUGGUGCUACAUACUGUUCUGGGUGGUGGCGAGGGGAAAUAAGGCGACGAGGUGGGGGCUGCUGAAGAAGAGGCUGUUGGGGGCCUGCCCGGUGGCGUUGUCGCUGUUGUUGGGGAUGGAUAGCUACUACUAUGGGCAGCUGGAAACAGAGCAGCAGUCUCAAGUUUUUCUUCUCAAGUUCUCAUGCUAUGAUCGAUUGGGCCUCUUGCAUGAUGUGACACAGGUACUGAGUGAGCUGGAGCUCACAAUCAGGAGGGUUAAAGUAUCCACCACUCCAGAUGGGAGAGUUAUAGACCUCUUCUUUAUCACUGACACGAGAGAACUUCUUCAUACAAAGAGCAGAAAGGAUGAGACUUGUGCCCAAUUGAAAGCUGCUUUAGGGGACUUUAUGACUAGCUGCGACAUCGAAGUGGCUAGUUCAGAGAUUGCUGCAUGUUUGCUGGCUUCAUCUUCUCUACCCCAUUCAGUCAUGGAGGAGAUGUUCAGCGUAGAGCUUCCAGAUGAACCAUCCACAGGAUCUCUUCCCACACUCAAUAAUCCUUCAGUCACAAUGGAUAACUCUCUCAGCCCUGCUCAUACACUUAUUCAACUUUAUUGUCAUGGCCACAAGGCCCUCCUUUAUGACAUCAUGAGAGCUCUGAAGGAUUACAACAUCCAGAUUUCCUAUGGGCGAUUCUAUGCAUCUCAUAAUGAAAACUGCGAAAUAGAUUUGUUUGUGAUGCAAGUAGAUGGAAAGAAAAUUGUGGACCCAAGUAAGCAGAAGGCAUUGUGUGAUCGCCUGAGAAUGGAGUUGUCUCAUCCCCUCCGUGUGAUGGUCAUGAACCGUGGACCCGACACAGAGCUUUUAGUUGCAAAUCCAGUUGAAUUAUGUGGCAAGGGUCGUCCUCUUGUUUUCUAUGAUAUCACCCUUGCCCUCAAAAUGCUCGGCACACGCAUCUUUUUGGCUGAGAUUGGGAGGCAUGUUGCCGGUGAGAGGGAAUGGGAGGUUUACAGAAUCCACCUUGGUGAUGAUCUUGAGCUUGCAGCAUCAAGGAACAAGAUUGUGGAGGGAGUUACAAAGAUGCUAAUGGGUUGGGACUGAUUUGCAUUGACACUUGCACGCUCUCUGUGUGCUGUUUGCGCAUCCAGGAAGUCUUUGACAUCAAUGAGCUCUUUAUGUUCAGCAUAUUUAUUGUACAGUAUACUCCAUGCUGUAUUUUUUUCUAAUGGCUGUAUACUCAAAUCAAAGAGUGAGCUGACCUGUUUUACUUGCUUUCCCUUGUACUCAAGAGUUGCUAUAAUAUAGCAAGUCUGAGAUGGCAUAUUAGAUGCAAGGAGAAGAUCAUGGGAGUAACAAAAAGAAUGUAGCUCAUAAAACAUUUUUGUAUAUGCGGGAGAAAGAGCAGAUACCUGUACAUUUUUUUUUUUCUGAAGAAAAUAUGUAGCAGAUACUUGUUUGAUGGUUAGGGUUAACUUGCUUGACUU